AUGUUUCGUAGGAAUAAGAAGCAAGGUUUUGCUGAGGAAAAUUCCAAGAGAAAGUUUCUAUCCCAUCGAGAAUUAGCAAAGAAAUUAAAGCAUUUAAAACUCCUGUGUGUGGAUCUUGUGCAUUCUCUGCUGUCCUCGAUUAAUACCAUUGAUGUUCAAGUUAUUGGCAUGCGUAUAUUCAUACUCUGGUUUCAAAUACUUGGAGAAAACGCUAUUUCCGAAUGUACUGACAUAUUCAUUCAUCUUGUACCUGACGUUGGUAAAACGGGCACCCAAAUUCCAACCGGCCCUGAUGUAGAUGCUCAUAGAGGACUUCGGAAUAUGAUUUUUCACCAUCGGACUGAUCCCGUUUUAUCUUCUACAACUUCUCUCCAUUCUAAAGAUGAGAGUUGUUUAUUGGCAUGCCUGAAUUGCUCCUCUCCGUCCGUUAAAUAUUCUCGUGUUGAGGGUGAUUUGCAUGCAACUAAAAUGGAAAAGAAUCUUGCUCUUCUGCGAUAUCUCCUAAGAUUUUCCGUUACUGAAGUGGAUAAAAUUCAGUGGACUAAUACAGCGUUUGAUAAACGCCAUAUGUGCUUUUGGUUCCUCUUUGAACAACUCAAGAGGUAUUACUUUCCUGCUAUUUUUCCGAAAAUAUCUGCGAAGUACAGCAUCUAUGACGAUGGCUUAUUGCCCUCCAUAAUAUCAAACCCCUCCGAUUACUCCCCCAUCCCAGAUGCUUUCACACUUUCUGUUGAUCGUAUUGUGAUUUACCAAGAAGAGACUGUCCGGUGGCUGACGGAUUUCCUCUACACUGGCCCCCGGGCUCUCUUGACACGGAUGCGCUCAAUUUCCAGUACUAGUGAUCUUCGAAGUCUUUUGGGAAACGAACCUGGAAGUGGGAGAAAUCCCUAUUCCAGUGAGGGCAGCACUUCAGGUAUUGAUAUAUGCAGUCAGUCUGAGAUCCAAAGGCCAAAUGUUGGAGGUCAAGACCGGAGAACUAUUGUUCAUACGGCUGCUGACUCGCCAAUCCCUCCCUCCUUUGUUGAUUCCUCGACCCUUCAGCAAAACCCUCAAGCCUCGAAUCUUACUUCAAUUCAAAGACAACAGUAUCGCAAUUCUGCUACCUCCAUGAAUGUUCUACCGAUAGUUGAAAUCCGCCAAACUGUGCCUGGAUACUUCGCCGAACACGUAGUUAUGGCUCCCACUCGAACAGUGUUACUUGAGCCUGUUCUACCCAACAUUCCAGAGUUCUCUUUAGAGUAUUCUCCUAGAAUGGUAAGUCGAGUGCGUGAUAUUCUAUUCAAUUCGCGUGCGAAUGUCAACUGUGUUCACGCGGUGCUGCAUCAUGCAUCUCUUCUGCCUUUGGAUCGUUACAAGGCCCACUUAUGUCUCAUUCUCGUCUAUCGUACCUGGUUGGAUGAAAAACCAGUGUUUAUGAAGGGCUCGUCUGAGAAACGCACUUCUACGAAGGGUGUUCAUGGUCAAAACGUUGGCAAUAGUUCCAAUUUGAAGGAUAUGCGUCGUCGACGAGAUCUGGAUCUUACGUCAGUUCUUCCAAAUCGAAGUCUGCCAAAACCCAACGACAAAACUACUACAUCAAGUCCUCCAAAACACUCCGAAGUCGGUGGAUGCGCUCAGAGAACGUUUCAAACAAUGUUCACAAAUCUCGCACACAUCUUUCUUCGCACCUGUCCGCCAGUCAAAGAAGAGGAUCUGGAGUUGACGGACAGGAUGCAAAUGGUGAUGGUAAACUUUGUGGGUCAACAGAUCAAUUUAUGUACCCAAAUCUUGAGCACCAUAAUUCAGCCGCUCACCCAGCUAAAUGAGCUGAAUACCGAAAGCUGGGAGAAAUUGCUCUUCACUCUCAUGCAUAUCAUCUCUGAGGUGAUGUCCAAAAUCUACCAAACGGACAACUUUGAUUCCCAUUGGGUGUCGAAUGACAAAUUGCUCGGCAAAAUGUUCCAGACUCUCAACACUUCCUGUAUUUAUGCAACCCUGGCCACGCCUAUUUCUUCAACUACCUGGGACAAAUGCUUGAGUGUCUACUCUCGUCUACCCGAUUGUCCUGCACUUUUUAAAGAGUGGAAGAAAACUAUGGAUCUUCUCACCCUGCAGUUGGGCAAAAUUGCCUUUGGUGUGGACCUCAGUGAUCUUUCUGAUGAAUCGAAAACUAAUAGAGGAAGACGCAAAGCGGGAAUGGCUUCUCAACCCUGUGGUGCAUCUCGUCUGGCCACUCUUAGAGAAAGGCCUUGCUCAGGUGACAACAGGGCUAUGGUUGGUCUCACUACUAGUCUACAUUUGCGAAUUCCCGACAAACCACGAGUGAGUGCUCUCGAGUCUCCGGGUUUCAAUGAAUCGAAUUCAGGAAUGGAAUUCGGUCUCGCCCUGGGUUCAGAUGAAGCUGAUGGGGUCAGUUCUGAUGGUGGAGCUGAAUGUUUGAGUGCUACUGAUGGCGUGGAAGUUCGUGACUCCUUCGAUUGUGGCGGCAGUGAUGUCGACUUCGAUAUUCAGAAAAAAGAGUCCCUCUUAAUCGAUAGUCAGAGAACUGGUGGUACAGCCAAAGAGGAGGAUGAAGGAGUGGCCCUUCCCUCCUCUCUCGGAUCGAACAACGAAAGCGCCAAGUUGAUAAAUCAUCACUUUUUGUUUACACCAUCGGAGAUUCUUGCUUCCGGCUACGUCUCUGAGUGUGAUAAUGGUCCUCCAACUCCCUUUUCAACUAACGGGGCUGAUAAUGAACCUCCUUUGGGGAGGCACAAAAAGCUCUCGCGGCUUCACCGACAGCACAAGCAAAAUCAUAAGAUCAUAUUGAGGAGUGAUCGUGGGCGCAAAGCUAUGGGUUUCCGUACUAGGUACACUCAAAGUGACGAUUUCUCUACGUCAGAUUGUUAUGAGUCCUCAUUUUCAGCGGUAGAGGUAAUCUUCCACGCUCCUCUUCCUUUUGUCAUUGUCAUCUUCACACCAACUCCUACACUUACUAAUACCAUAACUGCAGCGAGUUCCUCAAAUGAAUCGGCUUACAGGUUCGUUUUGGAAAAUGUAUCCGGUGUUUUUAACUCUUCCAUUGACUCAAGAUUCCCUCUUUUUAUCACAGAAAAUGUAGCCUCAAAUCCGCCGUUGAAUAAACUGUCGGGUGGUGAGGUUAGUUCACAAUCUUCCACGCUAACCAAGCCCCUGCAAGAUUAUUCUCGAGGAAACAGUGUUCUUGCAGGCGGUAAAGAGCUUGGUUGGAAUAUCGAUUCGACAGUCGUCUGUUGGCGACGCUUCCUCGGUCUGCUAGGUGAUUUUAGCCAACUCUCAAAUCCCAUUGCUAUGGCCGAGGUAUUCAGCUAUCUAGACUCACUUACCAAUUCCCUUCUUGCCAUUGAUGCGUAUCAAGCUCUUGUGGUGACAAAAAAUGGAGCUGUCAAACCGCCCUCUAACCAGCCACCCCUGGAUUACCUCGUUCCCGUCUAUUUGAAGGUGCUCCACUCGCCGAAUGAAUAUGUAGAAGCAAAGAAAGUUGUAAUAAGUAUAUUGAAGAAGACCCUUAUUACACAUCGGGAUGUUGAACCAAGUGGAGAAAUGCUCGCCCAGUUUUAUCGCAUCUUGCAUAUUCUACUUACUGACAAAUCCUAUAACUUUGCAAGUGAGGUGAUUCGAUCCGACUGUGGACGCCUGUUCAGCUACUCGUUGCCUGGAAGCAAUCUGCUUGUUCUGGACUUCAUUCAAGCUGCUGACGAGAUACUUUCCUCAUCUGCAAUUCAGAAUGAGGCUUUACGCACGCAGGCAAUGUCCGUUAUUGUAUCUCUACUGCCAUUCCAAAACCACUUUGGGUCGUUUGAAGCUCUCGAUCCGGCCACACGGGAUUUGAAAGUCAAGAAUACGGACGAUAUCGUUGUAGGUUCUUGA